GGGAGUCCUCAAUAUCGAACAGAAAUUCGGCACCUACCAGAAGAGUGGAGUGAAAGUAAAGUCCUUUCUAAACAGAGUACGCCUGCGACUUGAAGGAGUAUCCCUUUAAAAGCGAUAUUGACGAUAACAGUAAGAUAGAGGCAUAUGCUGGGACUAUGUAUGACGCUGUGUAUCUCUACGCCCUCGCCUUAAAUGACACGUUAAACGAGGGAAUCGGGAAACGGGAUGGACUGAAAAUCGCCCAGAAAAUGUACAACAGGGUUUUUGAAGAAGUUGCGGGAACAGUUUACAUCGACAACAAGGGUGAUCGUGAUCCAGACUACACAAUCCAAACCCUGAUAAACGACCGCUUUGAGGAUAUCGCCUACUACACUCGCUAUAACGACAACCUCACUAUACGGGCAGGGGUCACCAUCGUAUGGCCAGGGGAGGGUCACGACUCCUCCUAAGGACUCCCCGGAGUGUGGAUGGCGGGGGGAAUUCUGCGAGGAAACAGGCGGAGAUUACGCAACCUACAUAAUCAUCGCCUGCUGUACAAUCGCCGGAUUCUUUUCGUGACACUGGUUUUCAUUUUUGUUUACAGGAAACUCUCGUUUGAGCUCGAUCUUGCUCAGAACCAAUCAUGGAAAGUGAAGGAAGAAGACAUCAUAUUCCGAGAGAACCACCGUCACUGCAUUCGCUUCCUGCAUCCCAAGAGAGGAUGAAGAGCGUUCGAUCGGUAAAAUCCCUACGGUCGCUCAAGUCACAGGUGACAGCCAGUCGAGGAAGUCUUUAGUCGCAGGGAACUCUCAAGUCAGUCGGCGAAAAAUCAGAAGACACGCAGUCUUCAGCUCAUUGGAGUCAUGAGCCGGUCUACUCGUCACAGUACACGUCCAUAGCUUUGUACAAGGCAGAAAUGGUGGCCGUUAAGAUAAUGCGGAAGAAGGAAAUAAGAAUCUCCAGGAAAAUUCUAAUCGAAGUCAAACAGGCGCGAGAGUUACGGCACGAGAAUAUCAACCUUUUUAUCGGCAUUUGCCUCGAAUCCCCGCAAAUCCUCAUCAUCUCAAAGUACCUCAAGCGCGGCAGUCUGCAACUGCUCCUGAAAAACGAGGACUUCAAACUGAAAGAGAUUUUUAUUCUCUCGCUAAUCAGAGACGUCGCUACGGGUAUGACGGUACUCCAAAGUAGCCCAGUACAAGUCCACGGUCGUCUCAAGUCUUCCAAUUGCCUGAUCGAUUCGCGCUGGGUAUGCAAGAUAGGAGACUGGGGCUUGGGUGAAUUGCGGUCUAGCUUGGAAAGAUUACCACAGAGGAAGAGGAGUACAACGACAUGCUGUGGGCGGCACCGGAGCGCAUCCACGACGGCAAACUUGACAUAGCAGGUUCCCAGAAAGGGGAUGUGUACAGCUAUGGGAUCAUCUUCCAGGAAAUCGCCACCAGAGGUUCUCCCUACUGCAUGUUUAAGGACCUCACUCCUAACGAUGUCGUUCAGCGGGUGACAGCGCAUGGGGACCCCCCGCAUGAGACCUGUGGUACCCCUCGAGGCUCGCAAACAGGAGAUCCACACUCUGAUGCAGCACUUCUGGGACGAGGACCCGGACAAGCGGCCACACUUUAGCAAGAUUCUAGACAGGCUGAAGAAGGUCAUAGGCAGGGAUGUGAACAUCAUAGAUAACAUGAUCACGCUGAUUGAGCGUCAUGCGGAUAACCUCGAGGAACUGGUGGGUCGAACUCAGCAACUUAUGGAGGAAAAGAAGAAGACAGAUACUCUGCUGUACAAAAUGUUACCAGACUCCGUGGCAGACCAGUUGAAGCGUGGAAAGUCCGUCGUCCCAGAGCUAUUUGAUGAGGUUACUAUCUACUUCAGUGACGUUGUCGCUUUUAUGGACCUUGCCUCGGACAGCACACCCAUGGAGAUCGUAACUCUUUUGAAUGACCUGUACAUUGCUCUGGACAAGAUCCUGGCCAACCACGACGUGUAUAAGGUGGAGUCUAUCGGCGACUGCCUGCUCGUGGUGUCUGGCCUACCUGUGAGGAAUGGCAUAUGCAUCCGCCACGCAGGAGAGAUCGCGACGAUGGCUCUCGAUAUCCUCAGCCUUAUGACCCACUUCAAGGUCCACCAUCGACCACAAAUGAAGCUCCAGCUACGAGUCGGUUUGCACAGCGGUCCGUGUGUUGCUGCGGUAGUCGGGAUACACAUGCCAAGGUUUUGCCUGUUUGGUGACACAGUAAACGUGGCAUCUCGCAUGGAAACAACUGGCCAAGGGACGCGGAUACUGGAAGACAUACUGGUUGAUCGGGAAGGAGGGUUACAAGAAGCCCCUCCCACAUGCUAUGGCGGCCACGACGGGACCUCGUGUUCAGACCCUUGAUGUAUUCUACGCAAGUUAGUAGGCAACUAGGAGAACGUGAUGAAAAAGUGCCUUUAUGCUAAGCGCUUAAUUAUAAACGAGUUCGAUAAUAGUUUACAAA